AUGUCUCUAUUUCACUUGGUCCUGAAUUCAUUUGAACUCCCGGAUGCCUACGUCUGUCCAGAAGAAAUGAAACAUGAAUACUUUCCGAGACACACAUUGGGAACGUAUUUUUUGAUAUCUGGAAUUAUUCUAAUUCUUCUUUACAUCCCUUGCUUCGUCGUCAUGAUCAAAUCGAAAUCCCGUAAUCCAGCUUUCCGUAUAAUGAUCAUUCUUGCUAUUUUCGAUAUGAUCAACCUCUCCGUCAACUCUUUGAGCACUGGAAUUCUCGAUCUAAUCGGAGCCUCAUUUUGUCAAUAUCCUCGACUAAUUUUCUGUAUCGGAGCAAUUGGCGACGGGACGUGGAUGGCUGGAUGUGCUUCAUGUAUUCUUCUAGCAAUGGAUCGAUGUGUCGAGAUCAACUCCAAAUUUUUCUUAUCAUUCCUCUUCUACAAACGACCAUUUCGUGUAGUAUUGUUGAUUGUUGGAUUGUAUUGGAUGUACUCUGUAUGGUUUACCAAGCCUCUAUGUUUUUCGGCACAGUUUAGUUCAUGGUUCUUUGAUCCUAAAGUGGGGAAAGAUCCAACACUCUAUCACAACGUUGCUCAUACAAUCAAUAAUCUGGUUGUCUCGGCAGCUACAACAAGUCUAUACAUCUACAUGUGCGUCUUCUUGAUCUACAAAAAAGGCAAAAGUGCAAACUCCAUGUGGAUGUCUCGGAACAAGAAUCAAGUUAUCAUCCAAGCUGUCAUCAUCUGCUCUUUCCAUGCCGCCGCUGCCUAUAUUUAUGUCUACAUGCAAUUCUUCAACUCUCCACCACUUUUAUUCUUGCUCGGUCAGCUAACAUGGCAAUGGAGUAAUGGAUGCUUUUGUGUGGUAUACUUGACAAUCAACCGAUCAAUCCGAAGUUCAGUAAUCAACAUGGUUUCAAAUAUCGUACCGAAUAACACGGUGGUCGGAUAUAGUUCUGAGCCAAACGCCAUAUCUAAAGAAAUCGUUCGACUAGGUGGGAGUUCGAUGUCUGUUGUUCGACCAGUUGUUCAGCCUGGGGCUGUCUGGCCAUAG